AUGACAACUAAAGUAAUGAUUCGUACUGGUGAUAAGCCCCACAAGUGUCCCGAGUGCCGAGCAAAAUUCAAGGACCUUAGCACUUUGACAUGGCACAUGUUUGUACAUUCUAAUGAAAAUCCAAACAAGUGUCCCAAGUGCGAGAAGAAAUUCAAGGACUCUACAGGUUUGAGAUUGCACGUGGUAGUACAUUCAGAUGAUAGGCCUCACGAGUGUCCUGAGUGUGAGAGCAAAUUUAAACACGCUUCAACUUUGAGAUAUCACCUGUUAGUACAUUCAGAAGAUAAGCCUCACGAGUGUCCUAAGUGUGAGAAGAGGUUCAAGGACCCUAGAAUUUUGAAAUAUCACCUGUUAAUACAUUCAGAUAGGCCUCACGAGUGUCCUCAGUGUAAGAAAAGAUUCAAGUACCCUACAGGUUUGAGAGAACACCUGUUAGUACAUUCAGAUGAUAGUCCUCAUGAGUGUCCUGAGUGUAAGAAAAGGUUCAAGUACCCUGCAAGUUUGAGAAAACACCUGUUAGUACAUUCAGAUGAUAGUCCUCAUGAGUGUCCUGAGUGUGAGAGAAAAUUUAAAAACGCUGGAACUUUGAGAAAUCAUGUGUUAGGUCAUUCAGAAGAUAGGCCUCAUGAGUGUCCUGAGUGUGAGAAAAGGUUCAAGUCCUCUGGAACGUUGAAACAACACCUGUUGGUACAUUCUGAUGAUAGGCAUCACCAGUGUCCUGAGUGUGCAAGACAAUUCAAACACCGUCACCAUUUGAAACAGCACUUGUUACUACAUAUGAACGAUAAGCCUCAUAAGUGUCCUGAUUGUGGCAAAAGUCUUCGUGGAAAUAUGAAGAAACGUGUAAAAGUGGAUACAGGUGAUACGUCUCACAAGUGUGAAGGGUGUGAGAAAAGUCAACUUACAAAUAUGAAGAGACAGGAAGAGGUGCACUCUGAGUUAAUCGGUGCCCCAGCGAGCAACAAGAAGCAGAAUAUGAAGAGGCAUCAAUUCCACAAAAUAUGUUAG